GUCAAUCAGUACGGCAUACCGAUCACGUUAUGAUUUGAGGGCUCGAUCACACUGGUGACUGAUCUUGUCCGAGUCGUCUAUGCCGGAGUGCGUACGUGCACGGUCUCGUACAAAAUCAGCUCACCCACAGCAUCACCCGAAUGCACUUCUAUGACCAUUGAAUCCACACCCAUUGUCAUCAUCAUAACUACCGCGGAGGACACACCCAACUAGUCGAGCAUGUCCCGGACACCUUCCCCGCACUUCCCCACCCUUGAAGCACUCAUAGAGCACCUCUCCGCCGACCCAGAGCGCGAGGAGCUCGCAGCAGAACUAGGCGCUCUCCAGUCGAUCUACGGCGACGACGCGGUCCGGCCUUGGGGUCGCGACUCCGACAGUACUAGCGAUGGCGACGGGCAAGAGAGGAGGAGGGUGAAUGGCGGAGAGCGCGGGACGAUACGGUACGAGGUUGCCGUCACCAUCUCAUCCUCCCUCGACCCCUCGACCACCCACCCACUCACCCUGAUCGUCUCGCUCCCGCCCUCCUACCCCAUCUCUUCUCCGCCGCAGCUACAGCUCCUCUCGCGGUACGUCGGACCAUAUGGCGUCGACGCGGCGCUCUUCGGCGCCGUCCUCCGGACGUACAUCUCGCGCGACGGCGUGGAGUGGGCACCCGGUGGCGUGUGUGUAUUCGAUGGUGUGGAGUGGGUCCGGGAGACGUGUGCGCGGUGGCUCGAGGAGCGGAUGAGCGAGCGGAGGGCGGGCGAGAUUCUGAGGGAGGACGAGCGCGCGGAUGGAAGAGAUGAACCAGAGGAGGCGGAAGGGAGGGUGAAGGCGGUGGAGGAGAGGGUGAAGAGCGCGGAGCAGCUUGAGGCGGAGGCGAGGAUGCCGGAGGGCGUCGAGUUUGUGGUUGCGGAGCCGAUUGUGGACAGGAAGAGUGUAUUCAUUGGGCGCGCAUGUCAAAUCACGCAUCCGUCCCAGGUUUCGACGAUCCUCGCACACCUGAUGUCGGAUCGGAAGAUCGCUCGAGCAGCGCAUCCAAUCAUUAAUGCCUGGCGAUGUCGGGUAGUAGCAAACUUACACCAAGAUAACGAUGAUGACGGAGAGACUGCUGCGGGAGGCCGGCUAGCCCAUCUACUGCAAAUUCUGGAUGUCGAGAAUGUCCUGGUCGUGGUGACCCGAUAUUUUGGCGGAAUCCACUUGGGUCCAGACCGGUUCAAGCACAUCAACCAAGCAGCGCGUAACGCGCUCGAACUGGGUGGAUUCCUGGAUGCGCCGGCGACAGACAGUCUCAGUGGAAGGAAAAAAGGGAGAGGUGCGCACAAGUAGUACAAUACUCGUUCGCCUUCACGGUGCUAUGCAAUGCUUUGACAUUGCUAUAUGUGCGGCGCCACCUAGACAACAUGCAUCACAUACAGUGGACCUUGUCUAAGAAUGUUUGCGUAGAUUAUUAUGAGAGGUGAUGUAUGACCUAGAGCUUCAUACGAGGUAAGUAGAAAGGAACGGAAGUUCACGGCGUCGACCCUCUUCUUCCUUGCAUAUCCGAUCUACACAGGCGUGGG